AUGCAUCAAGAUCCAGGUAAGGUAACUGAGAAGGAAGACAAACACGAGGAAGAUAAAAGAAAAGAGGUCGUAGAGAAAGAAGAACCUUAUGUGCCUCCACCAUCGUAUAAACCCCAUAUCCCUUAUCCUCAAAGACUUGUUAAAUCUAAAAGUGUAGGGAAAUUUAAAAAAUUCGUAGAGCUUCUAAAGCAAUUGAAUAUCACAAUACCAUUUACAGAAGCCAUAACUCAAAUGCCCUCAUAUGCUAAGUUUCUCAAAGAAAUCUUAUCCAACAAGAAGAAGAUAGAAGAUAACGAAACCGCUACACUUACUGCUAAGUGUAGCGCCAUAAUACAAAACAAUAUGCCUCCUAAGCUGAAAGACCCGGGUAGUUUCUCCAUACCCUGUGUAAUUGGAAAGUUUGUUAUCGACAAAGCUUUAUGCGACUUAGGAGCCAAUAUUAGUUUAAUGCCUUUGUCCAUAUGCAAAAGGCUAAAAUGGGAGAACUAA